AAAGCAUAACCCACCCAACCAACCCAUAAAAAGAAGCACUUCCACGAUUUAAAAAAAACUCAUCUCUCUCUAAACAAAUCCAAAUUAUAUAUAUAUAUAAAACUGAAAAAGUAAAAUCAAAUAUCUAUUCUAUAUUCUCUCUCUCCACUAAAAUAGUCUCCACCUCUAUCACCGUCUCUAAACUUCACUCAAUUUCCUUGGCAUUUCAUUAUUCUCUCUCUCAAAACCAAACCAAACCAAACCAAACCAAAGUUACUUCGUCUCUCUCUCUAGGCACCAUGCCUGUUGUCACGGAGAGCUCAACAACAAUGGCAGAGCACAACAAAUGGAGAAGACCCAGAAGCCAAUUCAGCCAACCCAUUUCAGAUGCAGAUCCAACUCCCUCCAUUAUCCAAUCUACUCGAUGCAAAUCCACCAUCUCCUCUCUCCUCCUCUCCAGCUUCACCACCAACACCAACGAAACCUUACCCACAAGCCUCAACAAGAAAAAGACAAACUUUUCCUCAUCAACAUUCAGAGGCUUGGGUUGUGCAGCCUCUGCGUCACAACAAGUCUCAGUUCCAGCAGUGAUUCGGAACUCCGCUGAUUGGCAAGGAAAGAAGGUAAAGAAGAAAAAACAAAAGAAGAAUAUCAACACCAAGAACAAUACAAGAAAUGACAAGAAUGAAUACAAGGAUAAGACCCAGCACCAAGGAGCGGUUGAUGGGCCUAGCUUUGGUUUAAAUUCUGCAACUUGUAUGGAUUUUCAAGAUGUCUGGUGCGGUCCUGGAAUUGGGUUCUCAGCAGAAACUGCUGGUUCUGUGGAUUGUGUUGUGGCUAGGAGGAAUGUCUCUGGUAGAGGCAAGAUUGAUGGGGAUAAACUGAGCAGCCACAGGGAGCGUCCUUGUUUAGCAAGGCGAACUGUGAGCCCUGAAACUGUCUCGUUUCUGGAUUCUGAACCUGAUUUUGUCACGAGCCGCCCUGAAUCAGAGGUCUUUGGAGGUAGGUGUUAUCGGCAUGUUCGGCAUCCAUCCCCUGAAGGCCUUGCAGAGAUUAUGCUGUUUCAAAGUAGUCUUCUAAUGGGUGGAAGACUUGAUCGAUUUAGGGACUGGAGACUUGAUGUUGAUAACAUGUCAUACGAGGAGCUGCUCGAGUUAGGUGAUAGAAUUGGUCAUGUGAGUACUGGAUUAAAAGAACAUGAAAUAAGCUGCUGCCUUCGAAAGAUUAAGCUUUCAAUGUUGAGUGAUCUGUCACCACAUUCAUCGGGGCAAGUUGAUAGGAAAUGCAUCAUUUGUCAAGAGGAGUAUGAAGUAGCAGAUGAUCUGGGCAGCCUGCAUUGUGGACAUAACUUCCACUUACAAUGUAUAAAACAGUGGCUUGCACAAAAGAAUACUUGCCCUUUUUGUAAGGUUGAAGCAAUAUCUAGAUGCUAAGACUUGUGAACUCUUAGUAUCCUUUCAUUGCCUUUCUCCCUUGGUGUAUAGAUUUCAUCUGCUUCAAUACAUGAGCAAGUAUUCAUUCUUUGGUUUGAAGGUUCAACUUUAUUUGCUUAUUUUGAAAUCUUGAGCCUCUUUGUAUUUUGGUGUUUCAGUGUUAUGGAAUUGAAUAGUGAUCACUACAAUCUCAAAAAUGUUUCUUAUAAUUGUA